AUGGCGAACGGUAUCACGUCUAUGGCAAAAUUGAUUGGCAUUCCUACGAGAGAGGACGUCGAAGUUCACAUCGAUCAUCACUACACCGUCGUCGAAAUCAAUCUCUUGGGAAAAGCUAAUGUUCGGCGGGAAGAUGUCCACGUCAUGACCGAAACGACACAUCUGCUCCUUAAGUUGUACAUGCCUGUACCCGAAUCAGUUUACUCAUCGACGAGGGUUUUCAAACGUGGACAGAUCUACUCUAUACCCUUCCGAUUCAUUAUCCCCCACCAACUCACAAGCAACGUUUGCCAAUACGAAGUCCAAACGGAAGCAGUCCGUAGCCACCACCUCCGCCUGCCAUCGUCCUUGACCGGAUUCGACAAGGAUAAUCUUGCUACAAACGUGACAAAGAUCCAAUACAGCGUAAGGGCCAGGGUUUUCAGCAUCAAGGACGGUACUCCUGAAGAGCCACUGGUACCGAUCCUCGAGUCUGAGCAUCCCAUCAGCAUCCUCGCACCAUCCCCCGAAGACCCGCCUCUCAUCAUCGACGAGCACGACCUUCACUACGUUUUGAAAGAAACCGCCUCAGUCAGAAAGAAUAUGUUCUCCAUGCCCACAGGCCAAAUCACGGCCGAGUCAUCCCAGCCACAGGCAAUACGUUUGGGUCUGGAUGGGCACGCAGCAUCGAGCUCGUCGGCCUACAUCAACAUUGCUUUUCGCCCUGCCGCUCCAGAUAUGCUUCCGCCGCAGAUCAAGAUAAAAUCAACAAGGGUAUUGGCACAGACCUGGGCUUCUCCACGACCUGCGCCGAGCUUUCCCAAUGUCGGCGGCAAUCCAUGUCGAGAGGCAAUUACACUAUCUACACCUGCCAUAGUCGACUCUACGAGGACCACCCCUUGGAUUCAGCACGUCCAUAUUUUGGAGGACGAGGUAUCAGAGAGAAAGGCUGGAGGGUCCAGAGGGUCGAGAGACAUCACGGUAGUAGGCAACAGUCGCAGCCUGAAUGAGAGCGUACCUAUCACUCAUACCUGUUCAACGCAAGUCGACUUUAAACUUCCGACGUCAAGUCACGUAUUUCCUCCAACCUUUCACUCCUGCUUGAUCUCGCGGACGUAUACUCUCGAGAUCAAAAUUGCGGCGGGAGGAACUCUCUCCACUGCUGCCUCUUCAGAUCUUCAUGGACCAAGAAGACGAAUACUCUCGGAAGCCUUUAGAGGUGGAGUUGCCUAGCUGGGAUGAUGUUGGAG